CUUUUCUCUCUGUUUCGCUGUUGCGGCAGGCAGGAAAGCAAGCCUGGGAGAUCCUGGUGCUUCACAAGGCGAAAGGAGCAAUUUCGGCAGAGGCGGAGAUCGGCGCGAGAGAGAUACACGCGAGAUCUGUUCGUUUCGACAAGCAUCCUUCGCUCCCGUGCUCAUCAUCAUCAUCAUCAGAAGAUCCACUCCUUGCUCGAUUCGGCGGCUUCCUGAGAUCCGAUGACCGUGGUCCGCUAGCGGCCCACGCGAGAUGACCAGCACCGUGGACUCUGCCUCAUCGUCACACACGACAACCCUGUCAGCAGCAGAGGAGCCAGCCACCUCAGCUGUCCCACCGAUGGAAGCCACUCCCACGUCAGCGUCUGGCCUGAUGCGCCAGAACACGCCAAGCUAUGCCAGGCGGGGGAGGAAGUCCUCAUUGUUCGAGGAGGACAAGUACAAGCGGCUGAACCUGCAGAGGCUCGCAGAGGUCUGUGAGCCAGACAAGCCGAGAGAAGCCAAUGCAGCCCCACACACAGGCAUCGAUGUGUGUGUGUGUGUGUGUGCGUGUGUGUCGUGCAGGCGAUAAUAGAGGACCAUGACAUUGAGGUUGAGGCCGAGGACGAGAAGACCUACUGCCAGAGGAUUGCGACGUCGUGGCGGUUCGAGCUGGGUGUGUGGAUCCUCAUCAUCCUCAACUGCCUUGCCGUCUGGAUCGAGACCAGCGAGUACGCCAAGAAACUCAAAGAGGACGGCGAAAAGCCCAACUACUCCAUGGUCACAUGGAUACCCCGCAUGUAUGUCAGUACGUCAGACAGACAGAGAGAGUUGCAUGAGAUUGAGAUGAGCAGCAAACGCAGGGACGGGCCCAGAUGUGACUGGUGUGUGUGUGUAUGUGUGUGUGUGUGUCUGCAGCUCUCCGUGGCUUUGGCUUCAGUUCGCGUGUCUGGCGCUGUUUGUGCUGGAGGUGGCCUUCAAGGUGGCGGUGCUGGGGCGAAAGUUCUUCCGCAAUGUCUACAACUGGAUCGACUUAUUUGUCCUGCUCAUCACUAUUGUGCCAUGGUAUAGGAGGGAGGGAGGGAGGGAGGGAGGGAGGGAGGAUGGGACAGACCACACCACACCACACCACAGCCAUGCCACGUGCCUUCAACGUCUGUCUGUCUGUGUCCCUCUUUCUUCAGGGUGAUGUCGCUCAUCCUUUCAAAAGACUAUGGCCCCGGCAGCAACGCCGAGAUGGCCUGGCGCAAGCUGCUCAUCCUGCGGAUCGUGCGCCUCUUCGCCAUCACCAAGGCACUCAGACGAUGGCCCAUCUUCAGAGAGCUAUGGUCAGUCUCGCCUCCAUCACCAUCACACACACACACACACAGAGAGAGACACACACACAGGCCUACCGACACAUUUGGCCACUAACUCCUGUGUGUAUGUCAUUUAUAUGGGUUUUUUGCAGGAUGUUGACCACCGGGGUGACAUACUCGAUCAAGACGCUCAUCUGGGGCCUGGCCCUCACCUUUGUGCUGCUCUUCGUCUUCGCCGUCUUCGCCACGAGCAUGAUCGGCUUCAGCACUGACUUCAUCCCCACCGAUGCAGAGAAGGGAUACUUCAACAACGAGGACAGGCCCUACUGCCCCGACACCGACGACGAGAUCGCUUGCUACAGCGCAGAGGCCAAACGGGAAGUGCGGGUGAGUUGAGUCCCUCCUCCCCCCGUCGAUGACCUCCUCACAUCGCCUUGUGUGUGUGUGGUGGGUUGCAGGAGAGCUGGGGCACGGUGACGCAGAGUAUGGCGACGCUCUUCCAGAUCAUGACGCUUGACGACUGGAUGCAGGAGAUAGGGCCGGUCCUGGAGGAGCAGCCCGGCAUGCUCCUCUUCUUCAUCGCCUUCAUCGCCGUCUCCGUCUUCGCCCUCACCAACCUCAUCACGGCCGUCCUGGUGGAGAGCGCCAUGCAGGUGUCGCGCGAAGACGAGAAGCAGAAGGAGUACGAGGCAGCCAAGGAGGUGCAAAAGCUGAAGAAGCUGCUGGUGCGAGUGCUAUGCCCCGAGAGCUCCGUGCAGAAGCAGGACAAGGACAAGGACAAGCCCAACACGCGGCUGGUCAUCCCAUCCCUCCAAGACGCCGCGACGUCGCCCACCACGGCUGAGAAGGCGGGCGGCGCGGGAGCGGCAAGCAAGACGGGGACGGUCAAGGCAGUCAUGCUGUCGGUGGGGCACUUCCUGAACCCUUUGCGCAAGCGGCGGCCGAUGGACAGCGCACAGACGGUGAUGCGCAUGGCGACUAAACAUGAUGCGUCGUUCCGGAAGGAGCAGCUCAUGGAGGUCAUCGACAGACCUGAGAUCAAGGUCCGGACGCUUGUGAUCAAGGGUGGAUGGAUGGAUGGAUGGAGGGGCACACUCACCCUGGGUGUGUGUGUGUGUGUGUUGUGGUUGUGUUUAUCAGCGCUUGAUGAAGAUCUAUGACGUGGAGGAGUCUGAUCUGCUGGGUCUGUGCGACCUGCUGACCAUGGACGAGAUGAACAAUGGCACUGGAAGUCCCGAGAUCAUGGUCGAGGACUUUAUAGUCGGCACACAGAAGCUCCGGGUAUGUCCGAUGAAUGCACACCUGUGACAGACACGCAAUGCUUUGGGCUCUCCUGCACUCUGUGUGUGUGUGUGUGUGUGUGUGUGUGUGUAGGGUCAAGCAAAGAGCAAGGAUCUGUUUGAGCUGCGCACACGGCUGUCAGCCAUGGAGCGGAACCAGCUCAACCUCAUGGAAGAGAUGGCUCGCCUGCGAUCCACACUCAGGUCGGUAAAAGGCAACACACACACGCAGACACUCUCUCACCCACACAGACAGGCAGGCAGAGAAGACAAGACACCUUACUUACCUCGCUCACCUCUUGCUUGCACCAGGGGCGGCUCCACGGCCUCUCUCGACGACAAGCUCGGCCCCUCUCUCCGCGUCUACAAUCCAUACGCCACACGAUCCACCCUCGGCUCCGCAGAAGGGGGCACGCCACUCGCAACCACCGGACAGACAACCGCCACCGACUCGCCCAUCGACACCCAGCGGCAGCUCGACGCGCGCAGCCCCAACAGCAUCAGCGUCCCAUCUGGCCUUGGCGCGCCGCAGCAGGCGAAGGGCCUGGUUCGGCGUAGGAGCUUACGCCGUCGGCUGUUCAGUGCUGUGGUGGGUCCGCGUUUCUCGCUGCGGCGGCCGGUGGCCCCCCACAACCACCAUGAAGAGAUGGACGAGGGGGUGGCCGAGGACAGCAUACGGGCCAGAAUGUCUGACGUGUGAUGGAGUGUGGUGCUAACUUAGGGCAGGGAGGGAGGGUGGUUGGUUGGUUGGUCUUUUGUGAGUGAGGGAGGUAGCAGGUGUGUAUGUGGGUAUGUGUGCUGCAUGUGUUGUGGGUUGGUUCAUGCAAUGCCGCUGCGGCGGUUGUGGUGUUUCAUCAUCCUAUCCUGUUUUUGCCCAUGAAUUUUCCUGUCACGUCCGUUUUUAGUGCCGCACAAGCCUUGUGCGGUGCGAACUCACUGCAUCCACCCGGCCGUGGUGUCAUGUCAUGUCUUGUUGUGCUGCGUUGUGCUGUGUCUGUCGUGUUGUGCCUGCCUGCCUGUGUUGUGUCUUUCAUUAAUCCAUCCCUUUUCUUGUUUUGCGUGCGUGCGUGCCGUCAUGAUUCGAUUCGCAUCACAUACAUACAUACAUGUGCGUUGCAUACGUGUGGUUUUGUACACAGACUGUGCGUGGCGGCCUUUUUCUGUGUUUGUUUUCCCCGUGUGCUAUGCGUCCUUUGAGAGCGCCUCACACGAGUUUUUCGUGUGCGUGUCGGUCCACCACUUGGUGACUCACGUACUGCGCGUUGCGUUGGGAUGGGAUGGGAUAUGGGCGCAGUGCACCCAUCACCUGCAUCACCACCUGGUGUUUCUCGCUCACGCCAACCGUGUCUGGUAUGUUGCCAACUGCCUUCCUGAUUGCAAACGUGUCCAUGUCCGUGUCCGUGUCGGGUUGUCUGUCUUUAUAUAGGCUUUAGUGUGCGCAUACCACUGUGGACAUGCAGACGUGCGUGCCUACCUACCGCCUACCGUAUCUAUCGCUCCCUCUCUCCAUCCCUCCCUCCCUCCCUCCCUCCCUCUCUCCCUCUCUCCCUCCCUGACGUCCUGGGGAUUUUCGUGUGCGUGUGGGGUCGAGUGCGUCCAAUGGUUGGAUGGAUGGAUGGAUCAGUGAAUGGAUGAGUUUAUUGGUUGGUUCUUGUUUAACCAGACGAGCUGACAGAGUUCCCAGAGAGAGUAUAUGAGUUACGAACCCGCGAUGACUUAACGUAGGG